CACCAUCCCAAACCCAUAGCACUGCCACCAGCCAUAGAUUUCUUCUUUUGCUAGAUAAGGAAAAUAUAAACUUGUAGGCAAUAACACGAUCAAAGCAAUUUUGCACUGCAACCCCUCUGGCGUUGUGGUGACUGGGUCACUGGGUGACCCAGAGUCACUGGGUGACUCUGAUGAGUAAGCUCCUGAAGAAAUGAAAUCAAGGACAACACCCAGAUAUUUUCCAUUCUGAAAAUUUGCCAACCCCUCAAGAGCCCAGUUUCUGUUACCCAGGAAGCUGAGUAUUUCCUUCUCAGACAGAAACUUGAGCCUAGGAAGACUUUAUUGGCACCAGCAAGGAGCCCUGUGGAUCAGACAAUACAGUAUGGGCACUUCCGCUCCAUUACUGGAUUUCACUGUGCCUGAAUAUAAUUCCAGUUUUCCUGAAUAUUACUACUUUGGUGAAGAUGCCAUUCCAUGCUUCAAGUAUAAUAUCAAAGAGCUGGCUUCCAAGUUCUUGCCUCCAUUGUACUCACUGGUGUUCAUUGUGGGCUUGCUGGGCAAUGCCGCGGUGGUGCUGAUCCUUACAAAGUACAAGAGACUCACAAGUAUGACCAAUAUCUACCUUUUCAACUUGGCCAUCUCUGAUCUGCUUUUCCUUGUUACGAUUCCAUUCUGGAUUCACUACGAGAAGCAAAAUGAUUGGGUCUUUGGGAAUGCCAUGUGUAAACUCCUUACAGGGUUGCAUUAUUUGGGCUUAUACAGUGAAAUCUUCUUUAUCAUCCUGUUGACUGUUGAUAGGUACGUGGCCAUUGUCCAUGCGGUGUUUGCCAUCAGGGUCAGGAGGGUGGUCCUCAGCGUCACAACCAGCAUCAUCACUUGGGUCAUUGCCCUCUUGGUUUCUCUCCCCGACAUUAUCUUCACCAAGACUCAGUGGGAAUUUACUCACUACACCUGCAGCCUGCAUUUCCCACAUGAGACCGCAAGGAUAUGGAGAAAAUUCCAGGCUUUGAAACUGAACUUCCUGGGACUCAUUCUACCCAUGUGGAUCAUGAUUGCCUGCUACACAGGGAUCAUAAGAAUCCUGCUUAAACGGAGGAAUGAGAAGAAAUGGAAAGCUGUAAAGCUGAUUUUUGCCAUCAUGAUUAUCUUCUUUCUCUUCUGGACGCCCUAUAGCAUCACAAUUCUAAUAUCUGCUUUUGACGAAUUCAUUUUCACACUCGACUGUGAGAAAAGCAAGCAAUUAGACUUGGCAAUACAAGUGACCGAAGUCAUCGCCUUCACACACUGUUGUGUCAACCCUGUGAUCUAUGCCUUCAUUGGGGAGAGGUUUCAGAAAUACCUCUCUCACUUUGCCCGCAACCACAUUGCAGUGCACCUGUGCAGACGCGUGCCAUCCUUCCUGAAGGACAGACUGGAGCGGGCCAGUUCUAUCUCUCCUCCUACUGGGGAACAUGAAAUCUCAGACGAGUUUUAGAUUGACCAGAGACUAGCUUCUCUAGGAAGAUGGGUCAUGGGCAUUGAGGUUUACCUAGCUGUAAUGGAAAAUCGAAAUCGUUGCCCUGCUCUCCAGAUUGGCCAGGACACAAAGUCAACACUCAGCUGGGAGAUGAAAUACCUGAGAGAUUGGGACCUGGGCCUAGCAGAACUCUAGAACCCAGACUUUAAGGACAGAGCUAUUGGCAAAGUGCUCCGUACUCACCAAUCGCUUUGGAGAUGCAAAGUUGAAUGUAAUUUAUUUUCUUUUGAGAUCAGUUAUUAAUUGUAAACAAAAGAUUCUAUGGCCUCAGACUUGAAAAGAAUGCCUUUCUAAUGUGCAAAAACAUAAUGGAAUCAUAUAUAAUAUAUACAUGAAUUUCUAUUUACAUACAUAUACAUAUAGACAGAUAUAUCCAUCUAUUUAUGUUUGUACCUAUCUCUCCAUCUCUUUCUCUAUAUGGUAUAUGUAUAUAUUAUAUGUGUGUACAUAUAUAUAUAUAUAUGCCACAGAGACACAGAGAGACAGAGAUAGACAGAGAUGGAGAGAUAGAGAGAGAGGGAGCAAGAUAAAGAGAGAGAUGGAGAGAGAAAGAGAGAGAGAAAAAAGAAAGAAAGAGAGAGAGAAAAAAACAUCUCAAUAAGAUAGGCUUUGACACUAUUCUUGUAUAAAAUGCCAUAUAUAUAUGGCAGAAAGAGGAAGGAAGAGAGAGGGAAGGAAGGAUAGAGAAGGAGAGGGAGAGGGAGGAAAAGCAGGUAGGAGGGAAAAAAGGAAGGAAAGAGAGAUUCAGAGAGGGAGAAGUUGGAAGGAAGUGUAAUGGAAAUUAAUAAAUUUAAGAAAAACACUAUCUAGUAUCCAGUUACAGGAGCCAGACAUAGUUUCCACCUAGAUCAUCUUUUUAUUACAGGAGGGACAUAGGAAGAGGCAAGGAUGCAGGGAAGGGGGAGGUUGAGUGUCUUAUGGUCUUUUGGUCAGAGCUGACUCCUAAGGAAAGGAAUCCUGCCAGUGAUUAUUCCAGUGACAGUGGAGAAGAUGACCAUCAAGAAGGUGACCAGCCCAAGCCUGGCCUGAUUUACUUGAAAGUGUAGACCAAGAGUUAUUUGGACAGUACAUAAUAAAGGUGAAAUGCAGAAUGCCUACUCAGCAAUCUCACAAACAGCCCUAUGUUCUGAUGGGGUUAAAGUAUUGCUUCCUGAGACAUUGGGGCAAUGGCAGUCAUCAGUUGUUCUGAGUUCUGUUUUGGGUCAUUCUGUCACUGAAUCUUUCAUGCCUAGGAAUAAAUGCCUGCCUCAGACCUCA